AUGGCAGCAGCAUGGCGGACGAGCCGGGUGGCGUGCGUGGUGGCGGGCGAGAAGGACAAGCACAGCAAGGUGGUGACGUCGCGGGGGCUCCGCGACCGCUGCGUCAGGCUAUCGGUGCCGAUGGCCAUCGCGUUCUACGACAUCCAGGACCGCCUCGGCGUCGACCAACCAAGCAAGGCCAUCGAGUGGCACAUCCGCGCCGCCGCCGCCGCCAUCGACGCGUUCCUGUCGCUCGACUGCUCUCUCGUCCUCCCCAACGCCGCCCAGCUCCUCACCCGCUGGAGGCGGAGGCCGUCGAGCGGGCAGCCUUCGGAGGAGCAAGCACGCACGAGGAAGGCUACGGUGGCGGCGUCGCCUAGGAAGUCGGGGAAGAAGAGGCGGAAGACGAGGUCGGGGUGCGCGGCGCGGAGCGCAUCGCGAAGUUGA